AAAUGAAAUGUGUAUGUUUUUUAUUUUCUUGUGUGAUUGCAGAUACUCUUUGGUCGUGUACUGUCCCAUGGAUUUCUCGAAAUUCCCCUUUGAUCACCAGAAAUGCGCUCUGUCGAUAUCCAGCUUUGCGUGGAAGGAAAACGACUUGAUUUUAGCUUGGAAUUACGAAGAUCCUGUUCAUUUUACCGAACGUGUCGACUCGAUGCUGCCGUUUUUCAAGUUGCGAAAUUACAACACGACUGCCGGUGAUAAGGAAACGCAAACUGGUGAGUUUCAAUCCAUAUAUUUAAUACACUCAUUGAUUACUGAAGAAUCACAGAACAAAUUUCACAUGCAACACCAUAAACUGUAA